ACGUUGGUGUUGGUGGCGAUGCCACCAUCGACUUAACCUGUCAAAAAAGAACAAAGUGAACGAAAAAGUGAGUAGCCAAGAGCAAACCUCGAUGGUUCAGCAGACUCCCCUGACACAACAAAAGCCCCCAGAAUAGCAUAAUCGUUGCAAUUACCCCACGUCUGCUCCAGUUUAUUUAUUUUCUCAUUUUAUUUCGUUGUCUAACGCCCGUAAAUCAUCACCACAAUUUCAUCGUAUAAAUCAUUGGUCUGGGACGCCUAGACGGAAGCAAGACAAAAAAAAACGUACGACGAAUCAUUUUGUCAAAGAUACACAGGCUGUUAUGUAUCAAAAAUCAUCAGCAGAAUCGUCACAGUAAUUCAACAUAAGUUCUCCCCAAUCUCGCGUUCACACGGCCCUCCGCCACCAUGUCAACUCACAGAGGAACCCAACAGAGUGCCCCACCGGGUCUAAAGCAAAUCGACCUGGACCAGAUAUGGGGAGACCUUCGUGAAGGUAUCGAGCAAGUCUACAAUCGACAAUGCAUGUCGAAGCCGCGUUACAUCGAGCUUUACACCCACGUCUACAACUACUGCACAUCAGUCCACCAACAGGUGACACGUACCACGACAAAAAGUAAAAAGGGCCAGAUAUCGGGUGGUGCCCAGCUGGUGGGUCUCGAGCUGUACAAGCGUCUCCGAGAUUUCCUCAGGAAUUAUCUCAUAAGUCUCCUCAAGCAUGGAAUAGACCUGAUGGACGAGGACGUUUUGCAGUUUUACACGAGACAGUGGGAGGAGUAUCAGUUCAGUUCGAAAGUACUGAAUGGUGUCUGUGCGUACCUGAAUCGUCACUGGGUUCGUCGAGAGUGCGAAGAGGGUCGCAAGGGCAUCUACGAGAUUUAUCAAUUGGCCCUAGUCACCUGGCGUGACAAUCUCUUCAAGCAUCUCAAUCGACAAGUCACAAAUGCUGUCUUGAAACUCAUCGAACGAGAGCGCAAUGGCGAGACCAUAAACACACGUCUCGUAUCGGGUGUCAUAAAUUGUUAUGUUGAACUGGGUCUCAAUGAGGAAGAUCCUGGGGCUAGGGGAGCCAACUUAACUGUCUACAAGGACUCGUUUGAGAAUGUCUUUCUCGAGGACACUGAACGCUUUUACACUAGGGAGAGCUCAGAGUUUCUCAGGCAGAAUCCAGUGACUGAAUACAUGAAGAAGGCUGAGCAGAGACUCCUGGAGGAACAGAAACGGGUUCAGGUUUACCUCCAUCAAACAACCCACGAACGUCUAGCUAAAACUUGUGAGCGAGUGUUAAUCGAGAAACACCUUGACAUAUUUCACUCAGAAUUCCAGAAUCUCUUAGACGCAGACAAGAACAACGAUCUCGGAAGGAUGUACCAGCUGGUGGCGAGGAUACCCAAUGGUCUCGGUGAACUUCGAAAUCUCCUCGAGGGUCACAUUGCCAAUCAGGGAUUGGCAGCCAUCGACAAAUGCGGUGACUCAGCUUCCAACGAUCCCAAGGUCUACGUAAACACAAUUCUCGAGGUUCACAAGAAGUACAAUGCCCUUGUCCUUGUGGCCUUCAGCAACGACUCUGGAUUCGUUGCUGCACUGGACAAAGCCUGCGGAAGAUUUAUCAACAGUAAUUCAGUGACAAGAGCUGCCAACAGUAGCAGCAAGUCACCAGAAUUGCUAGCUAAAUAUUGUGAUCUUUUGCUGAAGAAGAGUAGUAAAAAUCCGGAGGAAGCUGAGCUAGAGGACACCCUCAAUCAGGUGAUGGUAGUGUUUAAGUACAUCGAGGAUAAGGACGUCUUUCAGAAAUUCUACAGCAAGAUGUUGGCCAAGAGGUUGGUGCAGCACAUGUCAGCUAGUGAUGAUGCUGAGGCAUCAAUGAUAUCAAAGUUGAAGCAGGCAUGUGGCUUUGAGUACACUUCGAAACUACAGAGAAUGUUCCAGGACAUCGGGGUGUCCAAGGACCUCAAUGAAGCAUUCAGGAGGCAUCUCACUAAUUCAGCUGAACCACUGGACAUUGAUUUUAGCAUUCAAGUGCUUUCGUCUGGUUCAUGGCCCUUUCAGCAGUCCUUCACGUUCUCAUUACCAACUGAACUGGAGAGAUCUGUUCACAGGUUCACUACUUUCUACAGCUCCCAGCACAGUGGCAGAAAGCUCAAUUGGCUGUAUAAUAUGAGCAAGGGAGAACUUCAUACCAAUUGUUUUAAGAAUAGAUAUACUCUGCAAGCCUCAACCUUCCAGAUGGCUGUUCUUUUGCAGUACAAUGCUGCUACAAUGUGGACGAUACAGCAGCUGCAUGAUGCUACACAGAUCAAGAUGGAUUUUUUAGUGCAAGUCGUGCAGAUUCUACUUAAGGCUAAGCUACUGACUGCUGCCGUUGAGGAUGAGACUGAAUUAAAUCCUGGGAGCAAUGUCGAAUUGUUCAGCGGGUACAAGAAUAAAAAAUUGAGGGUCAACAUUAAUAUCCCCAUGAAGACGGAAUUGAAGGUUGAGCAGGAAACAACCCACAAACACAUCGAGGAAGAUCGUAAACUCUUGAUACAAGCAGCAAUCGUGAGAAUCAUGAAAAUGAGGAAAGUGUUGAAGCACCAGCAACUGGUUGCUGAGGUCCUCAAUCAGCUCAAUUCAAGGUUUAAGCCGAGAGUUCAUGUAAUAAAGAAAUGCAUAGAUAUUUUAAUCGAGAAGGAAUACCUGGAGCGAACCGAGGGCCAGAAAGACACUUACAGUUACUUGGCAUGAUUUUCCCAUGAUUUGUGAAUCAUCUUUCUUCAUUCAACAAUUGAAAAAACCCAAUAAAAAAUCACCAGACAAGAAAUAGAAGAUAAAAAACGUCAUAAGAAUGUACUCUUUAUGUCAGACAGUGUGUCAAGUGUUGCGCCAAUUUCUGUUUCUCUACUCUUCGUUCAUCGUCACACGUAUAACUGUUCUCCUCUGUUUCUGUUAAAAACGAAAUAAGGAGGAACAAAAACGAUUAAAUUCGCCAGAUCUCGUUUGAAGAGAGAAUAAUCAAUAAUUGGAAGUGAAAUGGUCGGUAUUUUUGAUGGAGUGGAUGAAAAUAAAGGAAACAGCAUGUUUGGAAGUACGUUCGAACGUUUUCCCUGUGGUAUUUAAAAAUUUGUUUAGUUUUUUUUUAAUUAUUAAUUAAAGGAUGGAAAUAAAUAUGGGAAAUUUGCUUCAUUUUCUGAUAUUAUUUUUCAUCUUUGCGGGUGUGAGAUGAGAUGGACUACCACGAUGCUGGGAUAUAAAUGGAAUUACUGUGAAGAAAAUCAAUUUGAGUGGUGAAAUGUCACUAACCAUUAUUAUAUUAUUUUGAAAUUGUAAUAGAGAAUUUUCGUUAUAAAUCAUGAUAUUUUU